CGGCAGAGCCGGGAGUCGAACUCACGACCUCUGACUCCGAAGCCCGGCCUCUUUCCGCCGAGCCACGCUGCCUCUGAAAGGAUGAUUACGCAAACUUCCCACGUUUUCCGGGGAACUCGGUAGAGCGCGGUAAAGCGCCGACGUGCCCGGCAGAUCCGAUUACCGGCGCCGGCGAGGACAGGAUCAUGGAUUUCCCCGGGCACUUUGAACAGAUCUUCCAGCAGCUGAAUUACCAGCGUCUCCACGGCCAGCUCUGCGACUGCGUCAUCGUGGUGGGAAACAGGCACUUCAAAGCCCACCGUUCCGUGCUGGCGGCGUGCAGCACGCAUUUCCGGGCCCUCUUCACCGUCGCCGAGGGCGACCAGAGCAUGAACAUGAUCCAGCUGGACAGCGAGGUGGUGACGGCCGAGGCCUUCGCCGCCCUGAUGGACAUGAUGUACACCUCCACCCUGAUGCUCGGCGAGAGUAACGUCAUGGACGUCCUGCUGGCGGCCUCGCACCUGCAUCUGAAUUCGGUCGUCAAGGCGUGCAAGCAUUACCUGACUACGAGGACCCUGCCCAUGUCGUCCCCGAGCGACAGAGUCCAGGAGCAGAACGCCCGGAUGCAGCGGUCUUUCAUGCUUCAGCAGCUCGGGCUGAGCAUAGUGAGCUCGGCGCUGAGCUCCGGCCAGGCCGCCGAGGAGCAGCAGACCCCCCCGGGCCCGUCGGCGAGGGGCGGCGCGGAGCAGCGGGCCGCCUUCCCGAUGAGACGCCUCCACAAGCGGAAAGCGCCCCCCGACGAGCGGGCCCGGCCGCGGGUCCGGCCCGCCGCGGACGCGUCCCCCGUCCGCGACGUCGCGCCCGAGAGCGGGCAGCCGGGGCUCCGCCCCCGGGAGGAGUUCUUCUCGGCCGACCCGCUGAAGACGGCGGACGACGUGAAGUCCGACGCCGUGGCCGAGGGCCGGGGAGACGGCGCGAUCCUGUUCGACCGGCCCUUCGGGGCCCCGGAGGACGCCCAGGCGCCCGGUCAGUCGGACGGCGGCGCGGGGAGCGUCUCGCGCGUGGCCGCGGCGUCGCAGGCCGCUCGGGCGGAGACGGAUUUCGACCCGGAGGCCGCGUCCGACAAGGGCGGCUUCCCGCGCGAGAACCCGGAGGGGGACCCGGGCGAGAGGGAGCACGUGAGGGUCGUGGUCAAAGCCGAGCCCCUGAGCUCCCCCGAGCCCCAGGACGAGGUGAGCGACGUCACCUCCCAGGCGGAAGGCAGCGAGUCCGUGGAGGUGGAGGGCGGCGUCGGCGCCGAGAAGAUCGAGCUGAGCCCCGAGGGCAGCGACCGCAGUUUCUCGGACCCGCAGUCCGGCGCCGACAGGGCGGCGGACGUCCGGACGAUGGAGGGGCACAAGUCGUCCUUCAGCAUCUCCGGCUUCCCGACCAAGAGCCGGGCCGGCGCCUUCGGCGCCGGGCGGGGCGCCGCGGCCGGCGGCGGCGGCGACCGCCGGAUGGACGCGGGGGCGCCGUACCCGACGAGCCCGGAACCGGGGCCCGGCACCGGCGGCCCCUCCGCCGCGGUCCCCCGCGUGGACAACCCGUUCGGCGAACCGGGGGACCCCCUCUUCGUCCGCCCCGGGCAGGAGGUCACGGGCCUUCCCUGCGUGCAGACGUCCGGGUACCGGGCGGCGGAACAGUACGGGAUGGACUUCCCCCGGUCCGGCCCGGGGCCGCACGCCCUCUCCAGAGCCGUGAUGGGCCCCGCGCGGGGCGGAGCCGGCGGCUUCCCGGGCUACCGGCGCAUAGCGCCCAAGAUGCCCGUGGUCACCUCCGUCCGGAGCUCCCAGAUCCAGGACGGCGCGGCCGGCUCCCAGCUGACGAACGGGGCCGCGUCCCCCUUCGAGGACGGGCACCCUUCCCAGCCCGGGCCCCCGCAGCUGACCAGGGCGUCGGCCGACGUCCUCUCCAAGUGUAAGAAGGCCCUGUCGGAGCACAACGUGCUGGUGGUGGAGGGGGCCCGCAAGUACGCCUGCAAGAUCUGCUGCAAGACGUUCCUGACCCUCACCGACUGCAAGAAGCACAUCCGCGUGCACACGGGGGAGAAACCCUACGCCUGCCUCAAGUGCGGCAAGAGAUUCAGCCAGUCCAGCCACCUCUACAAGCACUCCAAGACUACCUGCCUGAGGUGGCAGAGCAGCAAUCUACCCAGCACCCUGCUCUGAGCCCCUCCCGCCCGGGAGACGUCGGGUCCCGACGCCCGUCCGCGGCACCCCGUCUCCACCGGCCCGACCCGGCGCCGCCGCCGGGGCCGGGGAGGGGAGG